UAACUGACGCGCGGCUGUGGAGAACAGCGGUCCGCGGUCGCGUCGUCUCGUGGUGUGGUAGUGGGUUUCUUAGUUUGGUUUUUUUUUUUUUUUUCCGGGGUUCUGGAGCGCUUUCACGACCGUCACCAUGGAGGUGUCGCCGCUGCAGCCUUUAAAUGAAAACAUGCAAAUGACCAAAAAGAAAAAUGAAGAUGCUAAGAAAAGACUGUCUAUUGAAAGGAUCUAUCAAAAGAAAACACAAUUGGAACAUAUUUUGCUCCGCCCAGACACCUACAUUGGAUCUGUGGAAUUAGUGACCCAGCAUAUGUGGGUUUACGAUGAAGAAGUUGGCAUUAACUAUAGAGAAGUUACUUUUGUUCCUGGUUUGUACAAAAUCUUUGAUGAGAUUCUUGUUAAUGCUGCCGAUAAUAAGCAGAGGGACCCCAAAAUGUCUUGUAUUAGAGUCACAAUUGACCCAGAAAACAAUUUAAUUAGUAUAUGGAAUAAUGGAAAAGGAAUUCCUGUUGUUGAACAUAAAGUUGAAAAGAUGUAUGUUCCAGCACUCAUAUUUGGACAGCUCUUAACUUCUAGUAACUAUGAUGAUGAUGAAAAGAAAGUAACAGGUGGUAGAAAUGGCUAUGGAGCCAAAUUAUGUAACAUAUUCAGUACCAAAUUUACUGUGGAAACAGCCAGUAGAGAAUACAAGAAAAUGUUCAAACAGACAUGGAAGGAUAACAUGGGGAAAGCUGGCGAGAUGGAGCUCAAGCCUUUUAGUGGAGAAGACUACACAUGCAUCACCUUCCAGCCUGAUUUAUCCAAGUUUAAAAUGCAAAACCUAGACAAAGAUAUUGUUGCGAUAAUGGUUAGAAGAGCAUAUGAUAUUGCCGGAUCAACUAAAGAUGUCAAAGUCUUUCUUAAUGGAAAUAAGCUUCCAGUGAAAGGAUUCCGUAGCUAUGUGGAUAUGUAUCUGAAAGAUAAGUUAGAUGAAACUGGCAACCCAUUGAAAGUAAUACAUGAACAAGUAAACCACAGAUGGGAAGUAUGCUUAACAAUGAGUGAAAAGGGAUUUCAGCAAAUUAGCUUCGUCAAUAGCAUUGCUACUUCCAAGGGUGGCAGACAUGUUGACUAUGUAGCUGAUCAGAUUGUGAGUAAACUUGUUGAUGUAGUGAAGAAGAAGAACAAGGGUGGUAUUGCAGUAAAAGCACAUCAGGUGAAAAAUCACAUGUGGAUUUUUGUUAAUGCCUUAAUUGAAAAUCCAACUUUUGACUCUCAGACAAAAGAAAACAUGACUUUACAAGCCAAGAGCUUUGGAUCAACAUGUCAAUUAAGUGAGAAGUUCAUCAAAGCUGCAACUGGUUGUGGUAUUGUAGAAAGCAUACUAAACUGGGUAAAGUUUAAGGCCCAAGUCCAGUUAAACAAGAAGUGUUCAGCUGUAAAACAUAACAGAAUCAAGGGAAUUCCCAAGCUUGAUGAUGCCAAUGAUGCAGGGAGCCGAAACUCUACCGAUUGUACACUUAUUCUGACUGAGGGAGACUCGGCCAAAACUUUGGCUGUCUCAGGCCUUGGUGUAGUUGGGAGAGACAGAUAUGGGGUUUUCCCUCUCAGAGGAAAAAUACUCAAUGUCCGAGAAGCUUCUCAUAAACAGAUCAUGGAAAAUGCAGAAAUUAACAAUAUCAUCAAGAUUGUUGGUCUUCAGUAUAAAAAAAACUAUGAAGAUGAAGAUUCAUUGAAGACUCUUCGUUAUGGAAAGAUAAUGAUUAUGACAGAUCAGGACCAAGAUGGUUCCCAUAUCAAAGGUUUGCUAAUUAAUUUUAUUCAUCACAACUGGCCCUCUCUUCUGCGGCAUCGUUUUCUGGAGGAAUUUAUCACUCCCAUUGUGAAGGUGUCUAAAAACAAGCAAGAAAUGGCAUUCUACAGCCUUCCUGAAUUUGAAGAAUGGAAGAGUUCUACUCCAAAUCAUAAAAAAUGGAAAGUCAAAUAUUACAAAGGUUUGGGCACCAGCACAUCAAAAGAAGCUAAGGAAUACUUUGCAGAUAUGAAAAGACAUCGAAUCCAAUUCAAAUAUUCUGGGCCUGAAGAUGAUGCUGCAAUCAACCUGGCUUUUAGCAAAAAACAGACAGAUGACCGAAAGGAAUGGCUAACUAAUUUUAUGGAGGAUAGAAGACAACGGAAGUUACUUGGCCUUCCUGAGGAUUAUUUAUAUGGACAAACCACCACUUAUCUGACAUACAAUGACUUCAUAAACAAGGAACUUAUCCUAUUCUCAAAUUCUGAUAAUGAGAGAUCUAUCCCAUCUAUGGUCGAUGGUUUGAAACCGGGUCAGAGAAAAGUUUUGUUUACUUGUUUCAAACGCAAUGACAAACGAGAAGUAAAGGUUGCCCAGUUAGCUGGGUCAGUGGCAGAAAUGUCCUCUUAUCAUCAUGGUGAGAUGUCAUUAAUGAUGACCAUUAUCAAUUUGGCUCAGAAUUUUGUGGGUAGCAAUAAUUUGAACCUAUUGCAGCCCAUUGGUCAGUUCGGUACUAGGCUGCAUGGUGGCAAGGAUUCUGCUAGUCCUCGAUACAUCUUUACAAUGCUCAGCUCUUUGGCUCGGUUGUUAUUCCCACCAAAAGAUGAUCACACACUGAAGUUCUUAUAUGAUGACAACCAACGUGUUGAACCUGAAUGGUACAUUCCUAUUAUACCAAUGGUGCUAAUAAAUGGAGCUGAAGGCAUUGGAACUGGGUGGUCCUGCAAAAUUCCCAACUUCGAUGUUCGUGAAGUUGUAAAUAAUAUCAGGCGUUUGAUGGAUGGAGAAGAACCUUUGCCAAUGCUGCCAAGUUACAAGAACUUCAAGGGUACUAUUGAAGAGCUGGCUUCAAAUCAAUAUGUAAUUAGUGGUGAAGUAGCUAUUCUUAAUUCCACUACCAUUGAAAUCUCAGAGCUUCCCAUCAGAACAUGGACCCAAACAUACAAAGAACAGGUUCUAGAACCCAUGUUGAAUGGCACUGAGAAGACACCCCCUCUCAUCACAGACUAUAGGGAAUACCAUACAGAUACUACAGUGAAGUUUGUUGUGAAGAUGACUGAAGAAAAACUGGCAGAGGCGGAGAGAGUUGGAUUACACAAAGUCUUUAAACUCCAAACUAGUCUCACCUGCAAUUCUAUGGUACUUUUUGACCAUGUAGGGUGUUUAAAGAAAUAUGACACAGUGUUGGAUAUUCUAAGAGACUUCUUUGAACUCAGGCUCAAAUAUUAUGGAUUAAGAAAAGAAUGGCUUCUAGGAAUGCUUGGUGCAGAAUCUGCUAAACUGAACAAUCAGGCUCGCUUUAUCUUAGAAAAAAUAGAUGGAAAAAUUAUCAUUGAAAACAAACCUAAAAAAGAACUAAUUAAAGUUCUGAUCCAGAGAGGAUAUGAUUCAGAUCCUGUGAAAGCCUGGAAAGAAGCACAACAAAAGGUUCCAGAUGACGAAGAAGAUGAGGAAAGUGAUAAUGAAAAGAAAGAAUCUGUACCAGAUUCAGGGCCAUCCUUCAACUACCUUCUUGAUAUGCCCCUUUGGUAUCUAACCAAAGAAAAGAAGGAUGAACUGUGUAAACAAAGAAAUGAAAAGGAGCAAGAACUGGAAACCUUAAAGAAAAAGAGUCCAUCAGAUUUAUGGAAAGAAGACUUAGCUGUGUUUAUUGAAGAACUAGAGGUUGUUGAAGCCAAGGAAAAACAAGAUGAACAAGUAGGACUUCCUGGAAAAGGGGGAAAAGCCAAAGGGAAGAAAAUACAAAUGACAGAAGUUUUACCUUCUCCACAAGGAAAAAGAGUCAUUCCCCAAGUGACCUUAGAGAUGAAAGCAGAAGCAGAAAAGAAAAUUAAAAGGAAAAUUAAGAGUGAAAACACUGCGGGGACACCUAAGGAGGAUGGGAUAGAAAUAGAAAGCCUAAAAGAAAGAUUGGAGAAGAAACAGAAAAGAGAACCAGGUACCAAGGCAAAGAAACAAACUACAUUGCCAUUUAAGCCUGUCAAUAAAGGAAAGAAGAAAAAUCCCUGGUCUGAUUCAGAAUCAGAUAUGAGUAGUACUGAAAGCAAUUUUGAUGUCCCUCCACGAGAAAUGGAGCCACGGAGAGCUGCAACAAAGUUCAAAUUCACAGUGGAUCCAGAUUCAGAUGAAAAUUUUUCAGAUUUUGACGAAAAAAAUGAAGAUGAACAUUUUGCCCCAUCGGAUGCUAGUCCACCUAAGACCAAAAUUCCCCCAAAACAUACUGAAAAAGAACUGAAGCCACAGAAAAGUACCAUGUCAGGUCAGUCUUCCACCUCUGUUGCUGGUACCAAAAAAAGGGCAGCUCCAAAAAAAACCAAAACAGAUCCAGCCUUAAAUUCUGAUACCUCUGAAAAGCCUGGCCCUGCCAAGACCAAGACUCGCCGCAAAAGGAAGCCAUCCACUUCUGACUCUAAUUCUGAUUCUGACUCUAAUUUUGAGAAAAUCAUUUCUAAAGCAGCCACAAGCAAGAAACCCAGAGGGGAGGCCAGUGACUUCCUUGUGGACGUGGACUCUGUGGCUCCUCGGGCAAAGUCUUCACGAGCCAGGAAACCUAUCAAGUACCUCGAAGAGUCAGAUGAAGAUGACCUGUUUUAAAAUGUGAAUAGUCUCACUGUGUCUGACUGGUUUUAAAAUUAAAGUUCUUAAUUUCCUCUCCUCUAAAUACAGUUUGAAGAAGACCUUUUAAUACAAGACUAGCAGAGUAAAGUGAAUAGAGCCCAUGGACCAUUAACAUUUUAUACAGUGUACUGUCUAAAUAAUGACCACCUCGUGAGCAUUAUUUUCUUCUCUACCUUGUCUGUGUUUUAUGUUUUCUUUGUUCUCUGUUUUCUCUGAUUUCAUACUAUUCUACACCCGAGAGAUGGUGUAUGGACACUUCAGAAAAAAAAAUUUUUUCAGCAAAACAUUAUUAAGCUAAAACUGGAGCCAUUUUACUUAAGUAUCAUUCUGCCUCUUUCCCUGUUGUUACUAAAUAGGAGAUAGUAUGAUUUGUUGUUUCAUCUCAAUUUAAUAGAUGAUAUUCUACUACCAGGUAGAACAUGAUACCUUUAGUAUAACUAUCAUUUGGCCUUUUAUAUGAUUUUUGUUUGAACAAUGGGAAAUUGCUCUUAUCCUUGAAUAUCACCAUGGGCUAAAGAAGACUACUCUAUGUCUGAAUCACCUUAUAUAGUCAGGGAUGAAGGAAAUUAGACCAGUUAUUUGACUAUGUCAACUCUUCACUUGUCCCCUCUGCCGUCUCCUAGAAUUGAUUUCUAGGGAAUGCUGAACUCUGAUUUUAAGACCUUUCUAAAUUGGUAUGUGUUUCUUGAGUGAUGUUAUCCAUGUUUUUGUAAAUAUUUACUAUGUUUUUCUACUUAGCUUUAGUCCACCAUUUUGUAUUUUAAUAAAAAUGUUCUAAACAUUUCCA